AUGACGUCGAACGCCGAGGCCGCCGCCGCCGCCGCCGCCGCCGCGCGGUCGAGCGCGGGGUUGAACGCCGCCGCCGCGGGCGCGCGCGGUUUCAAAGAGAUCGGCGCCGCCGCGACGCACCUCGUGCAGGUGGCGAAGAUGCAAAAGGCGCGGCGCGAAGACGCGGCGCGACACGCGACCGAGCUCGCGACCGCGCGCGCGGAGACGGCGGACGCGAGAGAGGACGUCGUCAUGGAGCGGACUCGACGCGACCACGAGCUCAGGCGCGCGCUCGUCGAGGGCGCGGUGUUUUACGUCCACACGCGGCGCAAGCCCGGGUUCGAGCCGGGCAAAUACAGACUCUGGUACAACGCGUCGAAGAAAUCGCUGCAGUGGUCCGAGGGCCGCAGGCCCGGCGGAAAGACGAAGCUGCACCAGUUCGUCCCCGCGAGCUUGGUGCGCAACUGCGUCGUCGGCACCGAGGCGUUCACCCUCGGCGCGAUCGACGAGACGAAAGCGCACCGGCUGAAGAGCGUCCUCUCGAGGUCGCCGACCAUCGCCAAAGCCGCGGCGUCCGUCGGCGUCGUGCAGCGAUCCAUCGGACACCACGACCCGCUGCGGUGCUUCAGCGUGUCGCUGUGGUUCCCGGACGACGCCCCCGCGGGGGGGAAGGUGGAUAACAUCCUCGCGAGCGGCGCCGCGAGCUUAGGGCUGCAGACGAUCGACCUGGAGCUCCCGGACGGAGGGAACGGGAGGAGCGUGAGGGAGUGGUGCGACGCGAUCACAGCCGCGGCGCUGGAAAACGGCGGCGGCGCGGGGACGAACAACGCGGACCCGAGCGGCGAGGCGGACGUCGCCGCCGCGGCGUUGAAACACAUGCAGCUGAUGCAGAAGCAGAUCGAUCUGAAGCGCGGGGAGGCGGGGGAGGAGGACGACGAGGGGGCGACGGCGUCUCCGAGGCGUACUUCGUCGCCGGGGGCGCCGGCGUCGCCGCCGGCGUCGCCGCCGCGGUCGCCGCGCGGGAUCGCACGCGCGGCGCCGCCAGCGACGGAGAGCACGCCGGAGAGCACGCCGGAGACGACGCCGCCGUCGAGCAUCCGGUUGGACGACGUGAUUCCGUUUCCUUCGCCGUCGAGCGCGACGGAGGAGACGGACGGGGAGAUCGCGCCCGCGGCGGACGCGCCGUCGUCCGUCGCGUCCGCGAAGUUUUGA